AUGUCUAUCAAGGAAUCAGGUGACUCUAAUAAUGUCACAGCUCUGACGCAAGAAACAAUAUGGUUCAAGCAACCUGUGUUUGAGGCUGCAGAAGCUCAGUACCAUAUAUACCUGGCUGCCAGUGCCGACCUGAAGUCUGCCCCAGGGACUCCAGGAAAGCGACCUCAUAUCCAGGAUAACAGAUCUCACAUCAAGAAACAAAAGCCGGAUUCAAAAGCAAGUUUGGAUUUGUGGAGCAAAAAGUUUCAGGCUGAAGAAGCUGCCUUGUUGAGGACUGUGAAAAAUAUUUUUGGUCGCCUUGAGGACCUGGAAAAGGCCCAGCAGAGAAAGUCACAGAUGAUUAAGGAUGCAGCCGCCAGGCUGACAGCUGCUGUGGAAGAAUGUCAGACCAGACUCACUGACGAGCUUGUCCAGAGUGCCGGGCGGACAAAUGUCUUCAGGUCACUUCUUUCUGAGAUUGAAGAGGACCUGGACAAAAUUACCAAUAAUUUCACUGAACACAAUUGGGGUCGUUUUAAAACGCAAGAGAAGUAUUGCAGAAAAAUGAGCGACCGCUUCUCAAAGCUGGGUAGGGACUUGAAUUCAUGCAUUGAUCUUUGUAAUUGCUUUCAGGCUGAUGUUUCCAAAUCAGACAUAAAUCGUAUUGUCGGGGAGAUUGGCAGACUGUCCCUUGUGAAAAAGCAGUGGGACAGUGAUGUGUUUUUGAAGAAGAAAGAGAUUGUUGCCAACAGUAUGAAGUCAUUAUUGGCCGAUAGUGAAGAUGCUGCAGGUGGUCAUCCAAGUGAUUCAGAUUCAAGUUUGGAGGGCAGUUGUUCGGUUUCUUCAGAUGAGUCUGAAGCUAGACCUGGUGGAAAAAACCAAAAGGCACAACCAGGGAAGUCUAAUAAGAUGAAAAAAGCCACACAAAAUAUCAAAGUUGGAUUUAAUAAAUCCAUCUGGAAUGGCACUGGUCCUGCUAAAGAUGUCCGCAACAGAGCAAAUGCAGAUUUCUUUGCCAGCAGACCAAACUCAGGCCCGAAUGCACCUAUGAAAAGAAAUGCACUAGGAAUGCAGAGCUCACUUGACAAGAAGCAGGAUAUCUUCCAAUUUAAAGGAGUCCCUCGUCCUGCAACUGUUCCAUUUUUAACCCAACCAGGGUUGCUAGGACCCCGACCAAAUGUCCUCCCUAUGCCAGGACCCAAUUCACAGAUUCCUUUUAGAUUUUCUGCCUUUAAUGCAGGAGGACAGAAGCAACAUCCACUGACUAAUUUUGGGCAAUCCCGCAAUCCUAUGGCAGCAGGGAAUCGAUCAGGUUUUGGCAACGUGAAUUUCAAUUUCUCCGGCUCGCAGCCCCGUGCAUCUUCACUGGAUUUUGUCCAGAACUCUGUGUUGGCUUCCAUGAACCAACAGGCCAGAAGCAACAUCAACAACCAAAUGAAGCAGUCUAAGAUGUACCAGUUUCAACAGGACCAAGCCAAGGGAGCUAAGAAAGCUGAGCACUUACUGGGGUCUAAACCUGGCUUAGCCUACUCACUCCAGCAAGGCACUGGAGGUUCUGGUUUUGUGCAGAACCAGGCAGGAUUGCUGGGUAGUCGGCCAGGUAGUCGGGGCACACUUGAACAACAGUUGAACGAGAUGGCUCAGAAGAUCCAGCAAAUGCAGCUCGCCACAAGCCAUAAUCUGCAGCUUCAACAGCUCAUGCAGGAAACGGAAAGACUGAAACAGAUGGUGUCCCAAAAGCAGAACCAACAGCAUGAUCGGUUUCAGCAGCAGUUUCAGUUGCUGAUCAAUGCCUUUAUGCAACAGCAGCGCCAGCAGCAGUUUCAAGGCCCAGAGUCAAAAAUGGCAAGGGCAGUCCAGUUUCAAAACGCUCAAAAACAGCAGCAGCACAACAGGCAUCUGCAGCUGCAGCAGCAGAAGAAACGGAAACAGCAACAAAAUAAAGUCCAGCAGGUAAAGCAGGAGCCUCAGAAAGAGACUCCAAAGGAAGAUACUCAAACAGAGAAAGUGAAAGAAGGAUCACCUAGUGAUAAAGUGCUGCAGAAUGGAGAUAGUUCCACCAAAAAGAUAGUGGAUAAAAGAAUAAUUAACAAGAACUCCAGAGUGACCAAAAUUGGCACAUUCAGCCCACAGGCUCCAGGGGACAAGCACAAGGCAGGUGUCAGCUCACUUGUGGUCAUGGAGAGCAUCAGUUGUGUGGUGGUGGUCGACAUAAUCAACAGUUGCCUGAAGCUGUACAAUGUCACCUCAGACGCUGCCAGCGGCGGACUGUCCCACAGUCUGGUCACUCGACUGGAGUUGUCACGACCCUACUACAUGAGCCGGCUGAACAAAGAAAAGAUUGUUUUGAGUCGGGAAGGGAAGGUUCUCAGUAUAAUACGAGUAUCCAAGAAAAGGCUGGAGUUUCUCCAAGACAUCAAGACAGAAUCCCAAUAUUAUGGACUGGGCUACGUUCGAGACGACGUCAUUGUGUGCGCUGCUUUUGUAGACAACAGAAUUGAUCUUCUGAGCAUCCAAGAUGGCGUUGCUCAGACUGCUGUUCUCACUCAGUGCAAAGGUCCAGAACUUGUUGGGGCUGUCCCCAGCACUGGCUGUAUCCUGUACCUAGAGCGUAGUCUCAACAAGACGGUUCAUCUCUUAGGCAUUUCCCAGCGAGGUGAUGCAGAGCUCAGCAUUGACUUGGAGUCCAGCCCUACAGAUGUCUGGAGUGUUGCGUCUGUCCAUGACAAGAUUGUCUGCUGUAACAAACAGAGCGGCAAAAUCAAGCUGUUUUCUGAAACUGGGGUCUUUUUGGGUGAUAUUAUUUUUCCACCGGGAGCAGUAAAUCAGCCCUUUGCUAUGGCAUUCUGUGAUUCAGGUCAUAUGUACAUUGCCAAUGACGGCGCUUGGGAUAGUGAAUAUGAACAUUAUAUCACCACAGACAUUAAUGUCUACUCAUUCUCUUAG